CACUCCUGCCUGACCAUGAACCUCCUGUUGCUGGCCAUGGGGCUGAUUCUGCUCGGCGGCCCCCACGCCCUGCACAUGGGCCCUGGGGACCCCAACUUCGAUGAGAAGCUGGUCAAGGGCAAGUGGUUCUCGGUGGCGCUGGCCUCUAAUGAGCCGAAAUUCAUAGCGAAGGACACGGACAUGAAGUUCUUCAUCCACAAGAUCCAGGUGACCCCUGAGAGCCUGCAGUUCCACUUCCACAGAAAGGUAAGAGGUAUGUGUGUCCCAACUAUGAUGACGGCUCACAAAACGAAAAAGAAGUUUCAGUACACAGUGAACCAUUCCGGCCACAAGACGAUCUUCCUGGAGAAAGUGGACCCAAAGCACUUCGUCAUAUUCUGCGCCCACAGCAUGAAGCACGGGAAGGAGACGGUGGUGGUGACCCUCUUCAGCCGGACCCCUACCGUGAGCCCGGAUGUCAUGUGGAUGUUUAAGAAGUACUGUAAAACCCACGGGAUUCACGCAAGCAACAUCGUUGAUCUGACCCAAACUGAUCGGUGCCUCCACGCCCGCCACUAGGUGGGCCAAGGGUCCAGGGGCGUCUCCCAGGCGCUGUGCCACCCUCCCCAAAGGACCAGAAAAUUGAAGUCAACCCAAGGAGCCUUCAGCUGCCCUGCCCCCUAGGAAGCCCUCCUGGACACCCCUCCCCGUGGAGCCCAAUAAACGACUGACUCCAGA